AUGGAUAUAAAGACCUUGCUGGACAAUCUUCAUGAUGAAGUAUCUUGUUCUGUGUGUAUGUGUCCAUUCACUGAUCCAAAGCAGUUGCCUUGUUUGCACAGUUUCUGUCUUCAUUGCCUGAACGGAAUUCAACGAACGAGCGGCGUCCGUGGUAAAAUUACGUGCCCUGAGUGCAGAAGACAGUUUCAGAUUUCUGGAAGUGGAAAUCCCAGCGAACUUCCCACCAAUUUUCGAAUAAACAGUUUGCUAGAUGUCUUGGCAAUAAAGGAGUGCAGUACAGUCAACGUGAAAUGCAGAAACUGCGAGAAACGGAGCGCCAAGACCUUAUAUUGCUUCCAGUGUUGUUCAUUCUGGUGUGAAGAAUGUAUUGUAGGACAUAACAUAAUGCGAGAAAAUAANAUAAACUUGAUUUCGAACUUUUCCAUGGAUAUAAAGACCUUGCUGGACAAUCUUCAUGAUGAAGUAUCUUGUUCUGUGUGUAUGUGUCCAUUCACUGAUCCAAAGCAGUUGCCUUGUUUGCACAGUUUCUGUCUUCAUUGCCUGAACGGAAUUCAACGAACGAGCGGCGUCCGUGGUAAAAUUACGUGCCCUGAGUGCAGAAGACAGUUUCAGAUUUCUGGAAGUGGAAAUCCCAGCGAACUUCCCACCAAUUUUCGAAUAAACAGUUUGCUAGAUGUCUUGGCAAUAAAAGAGUGCAGUACAGUCAACGUGAAAUGCAGAAACUGCGAGAAACGGAGCGCCAAGACCUUAUAUUGCUUCCAGUGUUGUUCAUUCUGGUGUGAAGAAUGUAUUGUAGGACAUAACAUAAUGCGAGAAAAUAAAGACCACAGAACUCUAGCGUUGAAAGAUUUUCAAGAUCAAGACAUCAAGGCUGUAUUAGAGCGACCAGCAUUUUGUCAAAAGAAACACCGUGAAAACAAAGAGUUGGAGCUCUUUUGCAAGGACUGUAAAGUUGCCAUUUGUAGCACUUGUGCCAUGACGCUUCAUGAAGGUCAUGGUAAGAUGCCCUUGCAAGAAGCUACUGAUGAGCGCAAAGCACAGAUCAACUCCAUGAUUCGAUCUUUAAAAGACAAAGCACUGGAAAAACAAAAGGAAGUAGAACAAUUUAACCAAAAAAGCAUCGCAUUUCAAUCGAAAGUAGCCGAGGUAAAAAGCCAAGUACAAUCCUGUGUAGACCAAAUUAUUGCAAUCAUCGAAGCGAGGAAACAGGAUGUUUUUGAUGUGAUUGAUAAUCAAGAGAAAAAGUCACUGGAAUCUUUAUCACAUAAAAAAGACGAGCUGAACAAACAAGUAAAAUUAAUCGAAUCAGCAAUGGAACAAACUGAAACUCUGUUGAAACGAAGCUUUAGCACUGAAAUCCUGGGAUUCAGUGAAACAUUUGAUUCAAUUCUACAGGAAGAGAGAACACAAGAAAACCGUGACACUGAAUGUAUCCCUAGGUUUAGUUUUACUAAAAGUGAAAAACUGAUUAACCUGUUGAGCAUGAGCGAGGGGAUAGGUAAUGUAGAAUUUGUUUUUAGCAAAACUAAAGCGCAACAAUUGGGAACUAAAGGUAAAGAAAGUAGUAAAGUAAUUGCUGGGAAUAAAGGAGCAAAUGUUCAUGACAGUCCUCUCGAGACUCAGGUACAAACCAGGCGCUUCAGAUCUGUGCUGUCAUUUGGACAAAAAGGUGAGUCUGUUGGAAUGCUUAAAACUCCCUGGGCGGUGGCAGUGAAUGAUCAGGAUGAAAUUGCUGUGACUGAGCUCAGUAACCAGAGGGUUUCAGUGUUUAGUAGUGACGGUACCCACUUAAGAUCGUUUGGUAGAUGGGGUAAGAAUAAUGGUGCGUUCAAGUGCCCUAAAGGACUCGCUUUUGAUAGUCAUGGCAAUAUUGUAGUGGCGGACAGUAAUAACCACAGGGUGCAAGUCUUUGAUAGGAAUGGUAACUUUCUUAGUAAGUUUGGUGAACAUGGAAGUCUUGAUCACCAGCUUAAAAGCCCUGAAGGUUUAUCAAUAAACGGCAACGGUGAUAUUAUUGUUGCUGAUACCAAUAACAAAUUAAUCAAGGUAUUCUCUUCUAGUGGGAGGUAUUUACGUAAAUUUGGUGGAGCAGGUUCUUUGGUCGAACCCUAUCACUGUAUCCAACACGGUCAAUAUUUUAUAGUCUCAGACGAAGUUGAUCAUUCCAUUAAAAUGUUUAAUCUGGAGGGAAAGUUUAUUUCUAAAUUUGGAAAACAGGGAAACAAGGAUGGAGAGUUCAAUAAGCCCCGUUAUUUGUCAGUCAACAAAGAAGGAUUGCUAAUGGUCUGUGAUGCAGGAAAUGCCAGAGUUCAGUUAUUUGAACUGAGUGGAAAGUUUGUUACAAAGUUUGGAAGUGAAGGUAGUGAGAGAGGAGAGUUCAAGUUUCCAAGGUCUUUAGCAAAUCUUAGUGAUGGAAGGAUAGUUGUAUGUGAAAUGAAUAACAACCGAAUCCAAGUGUUUGACAAGAUAUGA